AUGGCAGCACCCACGACAAACCUAGUCCGGCUGAUAGUCGAGGCAGGGAAAGCGUCGCCCUCUCCUCCCGUCGGUCCCGCGCUUGGAUCGAGAGGAAUCAAAGCAAUGGAUUUCUGUAAGCUGUUCAAUGCACAGACGAGCCACAUCGAACCGACGAUCCCGAUCCGAGUGAAUAUGACGAUCAACGGGAAGGAUAAGUCGUACAAGUUCAAACUGAACUCGCCAGCAACGACCUACUUCAUCAAGAAACAUCUCAACGCAUCAUCCUCAUCAACACAAUCCCCCUCAUCCUCAUCAUCCCCACCCCCCGCCAAGAAAUCAAGCGCCGCCAGCGAUUCCAAGGCACAUAGCUUCAUCGGCUCCGAACUCAGCCUCAAGUUCAUCUACCAUCUCGCCCUCAUCAAAAAAUCAGUCGAUCAUGAGGACCUGGAACACAUCCCUCUCGAAUCUGUAGCCCGAUCAAUAGCCGCUCAAGUGAGAAAUAUGGGCAUCAAACUUGUACCUUGA